CCAGUCCUCGCCUGAAACGAACGACGACAUUCAGCGUCUUGACACAGUCUUAUGCACUAGUUUCUCAUGCUAAUACAGUCGCGAUCAUCCUUGGCCGCGAAUUGCGCGUCGCUUAUGGGAGUCCAAAACUACCCCUCGUAAGGCUGGCAUAUCCCUGCGCUCUUACUCUCUGGAUGGCAAACGAACCUAGUCUCUGUCAUACGUCAAAACCAAAACUAGCGCUUCUAGAGUCGCGCAUCUGUAAGAAGCGUGGAAGCCGAUGAAACAUGGCGACGCAUCAUAAGGAAGGUUUGCCCCCUCGUUCCGCGACUUGUGACAUUUCCACCAUUAGUCCAACGGUUCCACCAUCAAGCUGGUCUUGAUAUCUCAUACUGCUCCAUCAUGUCUUCUUCAACGAGCGCGCCGCUGCCCUCAUAUCCAGGAUCCAUACUGCCAAUACAUGACCACCCAGCUUGGAAGCAUCUGUCUGGCACGACCAUGGACAAGGCAAAUCUUAAGGAGCCAGUCAUCCAGGCUAAAGAGCCUGGUGUACCCGCUAAAGAGCCAGUCUCGAAGAAAGAGCUUAUCUCCAUUGAAGAGCCAGUCGUAUACCUACCGACCGGAACCACCACCUUGAACAGGUUCUCAGACAUCACCACGAGUACGAGGCGCGCUUCGUACGCAUCGACCACAAAGUCAGAGCUUCGGCAGUCCAAUCAGCAACUUUUCGAGAUGCUCCAGAACCUGCAAACCGAGCUUGCCACACAUCGCGCUAUUAUGCUCGAUAUACAGUCGCGAUUGUCGUUCAUCGAGCAAGACGCACCAACGAUGAUCGAAGAUGGCGCACCCGAAGUAUUGUCACCAGCAACAGACGAGCUUAAACCUCCGCAGAGGCCACCUCCGCCACCACCGAGACGCGCAAGCUCCCUCAUCCCGCCAGGAAGAGAAAGCCAGAGUUGGUGGCAGGCAUGCCAGAACUUUGCUGAGAACUGCGAUACGCCCUUCAACGCACAGGUGUUCUUGAAGACUCCUAGCCGCUUCGAAGAUUUCGACUUCCACUUUGGUGGCCUUGCCACAAGUGAAGGGGUACAACCAGAAUCACCAGUUGAGAUUGUGAUCGACGAAACCCCUGAUUCCUCGCCUGAGUCAGAAUCUCAACCACCUGAAGACGCAGAGCUCGACAUCGAGAAAACCCUUGCUCUCUCGCCUCGGUCAGAACGUCAAUCGUCUGAAGACGCAGAGUCAAGGCCUCCAAGCAUCUUCUCUGAAGGGGCACCUCGAACCUCUGGCCUGACCAUGGAUACCUGUGAAGAGAUAGACAACAUUAUUGAACAAAUUGUGGAGUUCAAGAAGCCCACCGCACUACCUCCAUUAUUGCUUCACCCACAGCUCAGCGGCAGGACCGCCUCAAUCUUGAGCGUUGAAGAGAUCACAGCACUGCCAGGCCUACCUCCGGUCGCCGAAGUCACUAACGAUCCUCAGCGCCAUCGCAAGGGCAUUCGCAGUAUUUCGUCGAAGUGGGCAUCGCUGAAGGGCAAACCGACUGAGCCUAGCGACUACCGAAAAGGGUUCUUCAGCAUGCGCUGAUCCAUGCUUGUCACGCUGAACGAGAUUACGACUUAAAAGGUGUUUGAGCGCCAAUGCUUUUGUUGGACAUUUAGCACAAUGCCAUGUGCCAUACUCAUCUUACGUUUUCCGAUCUGUACCGUACUGUACUUGUACCUUCUCUUUUAGACGACUUGUAGCGAUAUACCCAAUCUCAAAGUACGAAAGACUAUUUCGAGUACGCUGCGCGCUGUCUUUUGCUCCAUGCUACCAUCGACCAUGUCGUGGCCGUCACGCGGUACCGCAAGUUCAUCGUCCCUGCAGCUUUGGUGGGACCUAUUCCUGGAGAGCCGGUUCGUUCGCUCAAUACGCCAGAGCUGAAGGUUGCUAAGACCCGCGUUGUUUCAGCCCCCAAAGUCGUCUUCUC